UGUGUGUGUGUGUUUCUUUGCACAUUUUCAGUACGGUACAUUGAGUUUGAAGGUGAGAAAGUGAUGCAACAACAUAUGCAUUAACUGAUUUUUUCAGGUGGAUUUAAAGGCCGCCAUUAGAUGCACUUGUUGUCCUAAGUGUUAAUCGGAUACUGAAUUGAGACUGGGGGGGGAGUGGCGAUCAAUUAUUACAGCAAUUACACAGACGUUUGCAGGACACAGCAGGAAUUCAGGAGUGAGGGAGAGUAGAAUUGAGAGAGAGAGAGAGAGAGAGAGAGAGAGAGAUGCCUCUUAUAAAGCCAAGUCCUGUCUCUUUGGGAAGAAUUUGCGAGCAGUGGGACCGGGGCUUCGGGGUCAGAAACGGGAGCCCGGUGAGUCAAUGACCGUAACUCUCCUGGAUGGUGCACCCAUGUCGUGGGACGCAGGCUGCUGAAGUUUUUUUUACAGUCCCAGAAGUGUCGUGUGAGCAUGCGUAUGACAACAAAGCAGACAUGUGGACGACAGGCUGAGGCUCCGGGCUCCUGCCUCCUCUCUGCACGGGUCAAUUAGACUUCAAUCCCAGCAGAAAAGAUGACAUCUGCCACACCUCCUUCCUCCCGUAGCCCCUCCCCUCAGAAGGUUUGCCACUCCCAGACACAGACAGACGUUUUGAAACCCUUACUGGGUGGUGGCAUAUCAGGUGGGGGCGGGACUCUGAGGAAGAGGAGGCGUGUCCUGUCCAAAGAUGGGCGUAGCAACAUUCGAAUCGAACAUGUCAGCGGGCGGAGUGCUCUGUACAUGCGUGACCUCUGGACGACGUUCCUGGACAUGCAGUGGCGCUGGAAGUUCUUCUUGUUCACCUUAACAUUCGCUGGGACCUGGUUCCUCUUCGGUGUUCUGUGGUAUCUGGUGGCACUGGUUCACGGAGACCUGCUUGAAUUCGACCCUCCAUCAAACCACACGCCCUGUGUGAUGCAGAUGCAGUCCCUGACGGGCGCUUUCCUCUUCUCCCUGGAGUCUCAGACAACCAUUGGUUAUGGUUUCCGCUGCAUCACUGAGGAAUGUCCUGCAGCCAUCAUCCUCCUCAUCAUCCAACUUGUCCUCACAAUGCUGAUGGAGAUCUUCAUCACUGGUACCUUCCUGGCCAAGGUGGCGCGGCCAAAGAAGCGAGGAGAAACAGUGAAGUUCAGCCAACAUGCUGUUGUGUCGACCCAUGAGGGCCGACCCUGUCUGAUGAUCAGAGUGGCCAACAUGCGCAAGAGUCUCCUGAUUGGAUGUCAGGUGACAGGAAAACUGCUCCAGACGUCUCCGACCAAGGAAGGUGAGACGGUUCGUCUGGACCAGAGGAACGUCCCCUUCCAAGUGGACAUGUCCAGUGACAGCCCAUUCCUCAUCCUUCCCCUCACCUUCUACCACCUCAUCGAUGACACAAGCCCCCUGCGAGCCUGGGCAGCCAAGGGUGGGGGCUGGACGGAUCCAGAGUUGGCAGACUUUGAGUUGUUGGUGAUCAUGAGCGCUACAGUUGAGCCGACCUCUGCAACCUGCCAGGUUCGCACCUCUUACCUGCCGGAUGAGAUUCUCUGGGGUUAUGAGUUUCCCCCUGUUGUCUCCCUUUCCCCGUCCGGAAAAUACGUUGCGGACUUCGCCUUCUUUGACAAAGUGGCCAAGACCAAGACCACGCCGGUCUUCAAGACACCCAGCCCCCAGCAUAUGUACCAGAGCAAUGGGGGAGGGCUCGUGUCUGAGCUGUCGGAUCCAGAGAAGAUCCGUCUGGAGCAGAGCUAUAGAGACAGAGGUGAAGACCGAGGCCGAGCCAGUGUUCGCAUCAGCAACGUUUGAACACUUGGACUGGUCAAGACUGGAGUAUUUUUUAUUUCGAGCAACUAGCAGGAAACAGCCAAGUUCAACAUAUACAGCAAAUCAGUGGGAGACUGUCUUUUAGACUGUUUUGGACUUAAGAUAUCUAGGUCCCAGUAGCACCAAAAGAUGCAACAGCAAGUUGGAAAGCUCUGGACAACUUUAUGUAUGCCUUAGUCCUACAUAUGAUGGGAAAUGUUUUACACUGGUUUAAAUGUAUUCAUAUGACAGCAUAACACACUCCCUUACUACAACUGCUAGAUAUUCUGUAUAAUUUACAGUAGACACUUUCAUAAUUCAUUUAAAGCUCCCGUGAGGUCGUUUCAGUUUGUGUUGAUUGGCGCCCCUUGUGGACAAAGCGGUACCUCUCAUCUCUUUGCUGACUUUUCCUAUGUAUGACACACAAACAUUUACAGGACAGCACAUAAAAACACAUAAAAACACAUAAAAACACACUAAAGCAUCACAUGAUAAAAUUAAGGAUUUCAGUAGCAAGUUGAAUAAAGUGCAGCAUGCCGAGUUCAUACUGUAUAAUCAAAGAUAAUAAUAGAAUGAUUGAUUUAUUCAUGGAGAAAAUACCCACACAGGUAAAAAAAAAAAAAAAAAAAAAUCCCUGUGGGUGGAAAGUACUGAAAACUUAACACGUCGGUUUGGGUUCCCCCUCUGAUCAAAGGGUGUCAUGAAAGUAUGUUAAUCAGUUUGAAUGUGAAGUUCCGACUCUCAUGGGUAAAUGAUCUCAAGGAGGGUUGGUAAGGUUCAAAACUUCCACAGACAGUUUGGUAGAGAAGUAUACUCACCCAUACAAUACUCACACAUAACGUGAAAGUACUCCAUGUUUUAGGUUUCAGCUUGUUUUUUUCUGUAACUAAAAAGGAAGAUGAAGUAAGUCCGUUUAUCAAGCUGUCGCAGUUUCCCCACACCAUGCACUGCAAACAGACUCUAUUUCCUGUUUUUCUCACAUUGCAAUGCACUAGAAUAUGCUGUAGAUCAAGCAGUAUGUAGAGUCUGUUACACUAAUGUAGCACACCAACUAAAAACAUUCACAUUAAAUGUGCUCUGUUUACUUUUGGUCAAGUAAAAAGAUGCUGCUGUUUAAUAUAGAAAGUUAGCACUUUAUGUAAGUACGGUAUGUACAUUUGCACCUUAGGAAGUUUAGCUGCUUAUGUUUAAAACCUUUGAUUAAAAUGUGUUUUUAUACUGCUAAAAGCACUUACAAACUGAUUGUGUUUGAAUUUGAGGACUUAAGAAUAUAUAUAUAAUCUUUUCUACAAGGCUAAAUGCAGUGUGUCUGUCUCAAACAAACUCAUACGAAUGAAUUCAUGCCAUCCAGGGGCAUGUCCAGAGGGGUGGCAUGGGACCCCCUAAAAAUCUGAUUGGCCACUCCUGGCCAUGUUUCCUGUCAGAGGCGGAACUUGGUAAAAUCAACUAUUAGGUCUUUUUUUUUGCAAAGGCUGCAAGCUAUUUUCCUUAUAUAUCAAUGCAGCACAUUUUCUUUUGUUUGUAAAAAUAAAAAAAUGAAGCUAAUGUUUACAUUGUCUUGUGUUAUAAAGUAGAUAUUAUUGGUGAGGUUAGAAAAGGUAAAUGAUUGAUAUUUAUUCGUGUGUUUGAGUGCACAUCACACUGCAGGCCACCCCUGCAUAAGUCAGUGCCCCAGUUGGGCCACCCCAGUCAUAAAAAGUCUGGACACGCCCCUGGUGCCAUCACAUACAGUUGUUGUACAUAACAUUGAUGUAAAUGCACAUCUGACUUUUUUAUACAACAUUAAGCAUUAUGUGUGUAGAAGCCUUCUGUGCUAUAAUUUCAUGUUACUAAUGCCAAACUUUGUCAAAGUCCCAUAUUGGCUUUUUUUAAAAACAACAAGGACCUGAGGAGGACUGAGGAGAUGACCCACACCUGAGUGAUGAGGGAUGAAAAUGUGAAAGAGAUGUUUGUAAGUUACUGAUAAUGAUUCUACUUUAAAUGAGCAACAAUGAUGAUUAGUCAUGACAGGUGAGGAAAAGAGAGGAAUGAUGGAUGUAUAAAGUGUUUAAAAUGAGGACAGACUGAUGAAAUGGGAAAAUUAUUUCUGACAUAAGUGAUUUAAUAAAGCUGAUUAUGAGUUAUAAAAAACA